CCGAGCUCCACGCUUCGACCGUUCGAUCCACUACAAUCAAGCCGCCUCUGGCAAGCUUCUACUUUCACCGCGGCCGCCGUCGCCGGAGUUAGGCAUCUCAUAUAUUAGGCCAGCUAUUUAUCACUUCUGUCAGAGCUGAUGCGAUGGCCACACUACCCCAAUGCAAACUGGACGGCACAGCGCAGAAUAUUGAAUUGUUGAAGGCUUUAAUUCAGAAAGAUCAAGACAAUUCACAGAAACUGGCACAAGAGGUUAAGCACCAUGAAGACAAACUAAACUAUCUCAAUGCUCAUGUGAAUGCCAUCGAUGAAUCCAUUCAUCGUCUGCAAGGUGAACUUAAAGAAUGCUACUUCUCAAGCAUGGACAACGGGAACAGCAGUGUUUCUUCUGUAUACACUGAGAAACAGAUGAAUGAUCAAGUAAUACAGCUGGAGAAAACAGCAGCUGGCAUAAUAUGUGAGGUGAAAGAUCGGCAUGGUUCAAUGUUAUCUACAUUAAAAUGCACCAAAGAUGUUUUAGGAAUUGUUGCUUCACUUGGAAAAGUAUGCGAUCAGAAUCUUAGCAGAAUAUUAUCCGAGUAUUUGGGAGUGGAGACCAUGUUGGCUAUAGUUUGCAAGACAAUUGAUGGUGUUGAAGCCCUUGAAAAUUAUGAAAAAGAUGGCACUGUUGACAUGAAUGCUGGUCUUCAUGGCAUUGCACCAACAAUUGGAAGGAUGUUAAAUGGUAGAUUUCUUGUUUACUGCCUUCAGAAUCUGAGACCAUUUAGUGGCGAAAUUCUUCCUGAUGAUCCACAAAAAAAGCUUGCACUAAUGAAUCCAAAGCUACCUAAUGGGAAAUAUCCACCUGGCUUUUUGGGCUUUGCUGUGAACAUGAUCUAUAUGGAUCAGCAACACUUAUCUUGUGUAACAGUUGAUGGCCGUGGGCUAAGAGAGACAUUGUUUUAUAGUUUAUUUUCUCGCUUGCAAGUGUACAAUACCAGGAGUGACAUGAUGGAUGCUCUUCCAUUCAUAAGUGAUGGUGCUAUCUCCUUAGAUGGCGGCAUUCUCAAAGGUAGUGGUUUGUUCUGUCUUGGGGAAAGUUCUGUACUCAAAAUUCACUGUAUUCGGAAGGGCGAACAAAAUCUGAAGUCUGUAAUCAGGAGCACUUAA